AUGAGUGAUGUGAAUCCACCCUCUGACGCCCCCAUUCCCUUUUCAUCCUCCUCCACUCACAGUUCUCAUACUCCACCCUGGACAUUCUCUUGCUACCCUGGCUCCCCAUGUGAAAAUGGGGUCAUGCUGUACAUGAGAAAUGUGAGCAAUGAGGACCUACAAUGGUUCAAGCAGUUCUUACUGAAUGAGCUCAGUGCUGGCACCAUGCCCAUCACCUGGGACCAGGUCGAGACAGCCAGUUGGGCAGAGGUGGUUCAUCUCUUGAUAGAGCGUUUUCCUGGACGACGAGCUUGGGAUGUGACUUCGAACAUCUUUGCCAUUAUGAAGUGUGAUAAAAUGUGUGUUCUAGUACACAGAGAGAUAAAUGCCAUUCUGCCUACCUUGGAACCAGAGGACUUGAAUGUGGGAGAAACACAGGUGAAUCUGGAGGAAGGAGAAUCUGAUAAAAUAUGGCAGUACAAAUUGAAUGUGAUGGAAAAGUAUUUCCCCAUACGGGACACAAUGACUUGGCCUGGAAACCAGAGGGACUUCUUCUACCAAGAUGUACACAGGCACGAGGAGUACUUCCCAUGCCUGCUUCUGCCCAAAAGACCCCAGGGUAGACAGCCCAAGACCGUGGUCAUACAGGGAGCUCCGGGGAUUGGAAAAACAAUCCUGGCCAAAAAGGUGAUGUAUGAGUGGGCCAGAAACAAGUUCUACGCCCACAAGCCCUGGUGUGCUUUCUACUUCCAUUGCCAAGAGGUGAACCAGACGACAGACCAGAGCUUCUCCGAGCUGAUUGAGCACAAGUGGCCUGGAUCACAGGACCUCGUGUCAAAGAUUAUGUCCAAACCCGACCAACUUCUGCUGCUCUUGGAUGGCUUUGAGGAGCUCACAUCUACCCUCAUCGACAGACUGGAGGACCUGAGUGAAGACUGGAGGCAGAAAUUGCCUGGGUCUGUCCUACUGAGCAGUUUGCUGAGCAAAACGAUGCUUCCAGAGGCCACGCUACUGAUCAUGAUAAGAUUUACCUCUUGGCAGACAUGCAAGCCUUUGCUGAAAUGUCCCUCUCUCGUAACCCUUCCGGGGUUUAAUACGAUGGAAAAAAUCAAGUAUUUCCAGAUGUAUUUUGGACACACAGAGGAGGGAGACCAAGUGUUGAGUUUUGCCAUGGAAAACACCAUUCUCUUCUCCAUGUGCCGGGUCCCUGUGGUUUGCUGGAUGGUCUGCUCUGGUCUGAAACAGCAAAUGGAGAGAGGAAACAACCUCACACAGGCAUGUCCAAAUGCCACCUCUGUGUUCGUCCGGUAUAUUUCUAGCUUGUUUCCCACCAGAGCUGAGAACUUUUCCAGAAAGAUCCACCAAGCGCAACUGGAAGGUCUGUGUCACUUGGCCGCAGACAGCAUGUGGCACAGGAAAUGGGUGUUAGGUAAAGAAGAUCUUGAGGAAGCCAAGUUGGAUCAGACGGGAGUCACCGCCUUCCUUGGCAUGAGUGUUCUUCGAAGAAUUGCAGGUGAGGAAGACCACUACGCCUUUACCCUCGUGAUUUUUCAGGAAUUUUUUGCGGCCUUGUUUUAUGUUCUCUGUUUCCCACAAAGACUCAAAAAUUUUCAUGUGUUGAACCACGUGAAUAUCCAGCGCCUGAUAGCAAGUCCCAGAGGAAGCAAAAGCUAUCUCUCUCACAUGGGAGUUUUCUUAUUCGGUUUUCUGAACGAGGCCUGCGCUUCGGCCGUGGAACAGUCAUUCCGAUGCAAGGUGUCUUUCGGCAAUAAGAGGAAACUGCUGAAAGUCAUACCUCUGUUGCAUAAAUGUGACCCACCUUCUCCGUGCGGUGGGGUCCCGCAGUUAUUCUACUGUCUGCACGAAAUCCGGGAGGAAGUCUUUAUAAGCCAAGCCCUAAAUGAUUAUCAUAAAGUUGUCUUGAGAAUUGGCAACAACAAAGAAGUUCAAGUGUCUGCUUUUUGCCUGAAGCGCUGUCAAUAUUUGCAGGAGGUGGAACUGACCGUCACCCUGAACUUCAUGAACGUGUGGAAGCUCAGCUCCAGCUCCCAACCUGGCUCUGAAGCACCAGAGAGCAAUGGGCUCCAUCGCUGGUGGCAAGACUUAUGCUCUGUGUUUGCAACGAAUGAUAAGCUGGAAGUCCUGACUAUGACCAACAGUGUUUUGGGGCCUCCUUUUUUGAAGGCUCUUGCUGCCGCACUGAGGCACCCUCAGUGCAAACUGCAAAAGCUACUCUUAAGGCGUGUGAAUAGCACCAUGUUGAACCAGGACUUAAUCGGUGUUCUGACGGGGAACCAGCAUCUGAGAUACUUGGAAAUACAACAUGUGGAAGUGGAGUCCAAGGCCGUGAAGCUUCUAAGCAGGGCGCUGAGAUCCCCCCGGUGCCGUCUGCAGUGUCUCAGGUUGGAGAACUGCUUGGCCACCCCUAGAAUUUGGACCGAUCUUGGCAAUAAUCUUCAAGGUAACAGACAUCUAAAGACUCUCAUACUAAGAAAAAACUCCCUGGAGGACUGUGGGGCAUAUUACCUGUCCGUGGCCCAGCUGGAGAGGCUGUCGAUAGAGAACUGCAACCUUACACAGCUUACUUGUGAAAGCCUUGCCUCCUGUCUCAGGCAGAGUAAGAUGCUGACCCACCUGAGCUUGGCGGAAAACGCCUUGAAAGAUGAAGGGGCCAAGCAUAUUUGGAAUGCCCUGCCACACCUGAGAUGUCCUCUGCAGAGGCUGGUGCUGAGAAAGUGUGACUUGACCUUUAAUUGCUGUCAGGAUAUGAUCUCUGCGCUCUGUAAAAAUAAAACCCUGAAAAGUCUUGACCUGAGUUUUAAUAGCCUGAAGGAUGAUGGGGUGAUCCUGCUGUGUGAGGCCCUGAAGAACCCUGACUGUACAUUACAGAUCCUGGAGCUGGAAAACUGCCUGUUCACUUCCAUCUGCUGCCAGGCCAUGGCUUCUGUGCUCCGCAAAAACCAACAUCUGAGACAUCUGGACAUGAGCAAGAAUGCGAUUGGAGUCUAUGGUAUUCUGACCUUGUGUGAGGCCUUCUCAAGCCAAAAGAAGAGAGAAGAGGUCAUUUUCUGUAAUCCUGCCUGGACUCGAGUAACUAGCUUCUCCCCAACUCCUCACCCAUCCGACUUCACGGGAAAAAGUGACUGCCUAUCCCAAAUUAAUCCUUAUGCCAUCCAGUCAUCUGUCUCUGGGGCUUGUAUUGAUCAGUUCCCACUCUGUGACAACUGGGCGUUAUCACCCCGUAUGCGUUAA